ACUCAUGUUCUGCUCUAAGGCGAACGCUGGCCGAAGUACCCCAGGCAUACGCUAUUUGUUCUCGUGACUUUGCCUUCGUCGGUGACCUCCUGAUCCUUCCAUGUUCUUGGCAUUCGAGGAUCGAGGCUCUCAUUCGCAUGCCUGGUUCUCUAUGGGAAUUAGGACGAGGUCCCAUCGGGUCCCGGAUUGUCUACCCCACACUUGAUCGUGCCUUUCGUAGACAUAACAUGGCGCUUGAACCCUCACUUUUUUGAUCUCACAGCUGUUUCGCUCCAUUGGAGAACAUAGUGACUCAUGUCUCAAAGGCCUCUCACGGUCCAUGUUGACAUUCUCAUCGAUACUCGGGACCGUUCUUGACAGUCCCACCACCACCUCCAUUGCGGCACUUUUGCGAACUUCCGGACCGUUACCUCUUUAUGUCGAGUAUUUAAGGAUCCAUGCAUUGAAGACUUUGAUAUCUGUUUUCUGCAUCACUGUGUUGUCUCGCGCUUCGCCUCUUGAACCUCGAGCUCCAGCAUGGACCUUCACUGAGAAAGGAAACUCUGGAAUCGUGGCUUUGGAAUCCAUCAUUGUUUCGCCUACUCUUGCUCUUUUCUUUGACAGAGCUUCCGACGAUCCUCUUCAAAUCAACAAUCAUUCUGCUUGGGGUGCUCUCUGGAACCUCGCGACUGAUGAGAUUACUCCUCUGGACGUUGUUACGAACUCGUUCUGCGCAAGCGGUGCUCUCCUGAGUAACGGUACCAUGGUUAGUGUGGGUGGUGACCCGAAUCUCUUCCCCGGAAACCCCGCAGUCGAGGAUGGUACUCAGGGUAUUCGUAUCUUUGAACCGUGCGACGACCCUGCAGGAGUCGGCUGCACAUUGUUCGAGGAUCCGACAACUUUGCAUCUCGCCGAAAAGAGAUGGUAUCCUUCGGCGAUCCGUAUUCCAGAUGGAAGUCUCAUGAUUGUAGGUGGCAUCCAUCAAGACACAGACUUCUACAACGAUAUCGAACGGGUCGCCGCUACUGUCGAAUUCUUCCCCCCUAAAUUCGGUGGUGUACCUAGGCCGUCCGAGUUCCUCAAGAGGAGCUUGCCCGCCAAUUUGUUCCCUCGGCAAUUCCUUCUUCCGGACGGAAAGGUGUUCAUGGUCGCGAACAAUCAGUCCAUUAUUUACGACAUUCAGACUGGCGAUGAACGAAUCUUACCUGACAUCCCUAACGGCGUUCGCAUCACGAACCCCUUCGAUGGUUCCGCCAUUCUGCUCCCCUUAUCUCCUCCCAACUUCACGCCAGAGGUACUCGUCUGCGGUGGCACCAACAUCACUGACACCACUCCAAAGAACGCGAUAUCCAGUCAAACGCCGGCUUCUGAUCAGUGCAGCCGUAUCAUCUUGACAGAAGAAGGCAUCAAGAAGGGUUGGGUCGUCGAGAGGAUGCUUGAGCCGCGUAUUAUGCCUGAGUUGGUACAUCUUCCGAAUGGACAGGUGCUAAUUACCAAUGGUGGUCUGACUGGAGUGGCUGCCAUUGCCACUGUCUUCGAUCCCGUUGGGAACUCGAACGCUGACAACCCAGUCUUCACACCUUCCUUGUAUACGCCCUCUGCUCCACUCGGUCGGAGAAUCAGUAAUGUGGGUAUGCCGAUGUCUAACAUUGCCAGAUUGUAUCAUUCAAGCGUCACCCUCACUCCUCAAGGCAACUUCCUCAUUGCCGGGAACAACCCAAACGGCAACACUAACCUUACUGUGAAGUUCAAGAGCGAAUUCCGUGUAGAGACCCUCGACCCGCCCUUCAUGUUCGUCGCCCGACCCAGAAUCCUAACUGUCCCGUCGAAGAUUGGCUUUGGUCAACGGUUCACUGUACCUGUCAGUGUCCCUACCAACCUCAGGGCUGCAAAAAUCCAAGUCGCACUCAUGGAUUUGGGUUUCUCGAGCCACGCUUUCCAUUCAGGUGCCCGCCUUGUCUUCAUGAAUGCGCAACUAUCGAGGGAUCGUCGGUCGUUGACGAUCACUGCUCCCCCGAACCGUAAUGUCUAUCCACCUGGUCCUGCAUUCAUCUUUUUGACGAUAGAUGAUGUGACGAGCGAAGGUCAGAAGGUGAUGGUAGGCAGUGGUGCACCUCCUCCUCAGACAGACUAGGAAGUUUAUGAGGUAUGGAACGUAACUGUAUUGCUAAGUGACAAAUCAUGUAUCACCGGCGAAAUGGAUAUAUAUUCUGUUUUGU